AUGGCAUCGAACAUGACAACAGAUAUUGAAAAUCUUUGUACAUUAUUCAACAAGCAAACAGAUUUAACAACAAAAAUAACAAAUGAUCAACUAGAAACUAAAAAUUCAUCAGUUAAUGUUCAAUCACAUCGUCCUGUAACUAUUUCGAUUCUUGCACAUUAUUUUAGUCUUCAAUGUGAUGAAUUUCUUCGUUUAUCUCUAAAUCCACAAAUUGAAUCAAAAUAUUCUGAUAGUUUAAAAAAUUCUUUAAUAAAAAAACGUGGUAUAUCAUUUGAAGAUAGUAUAAAAUCAUAUCAUUCAUCAUCAAUAUUAUCUAAUAUACAUGAUGAAUAUGAAUUUUUAUCCUAUCUUCAUUCAUUCAUAUCAAAACCAAUUGAAUUUCAAAUUGGUUAUAAUAUAAAAUUUCAAUGGAAAUAUGAUAAACAUAUUCAAAGUUAUUAUAAACCAGAUUUUCUUUUAAUUAAAUAUUUAAAUAAUUCUGAACAUCAAAUUGAAAUAACAAUAGUAGAUGCAAAAUCUUCACUUCAUAUACGUAUUGAACAUUGUAUUCAAGUAUCAUUAUAUGCAAUUGAUUUAACAGUUUGGAUUAAAUAA